GUGAAGCGGAAAGGAGCGGAGGGGGUUAGGGUCAGGGCAGAGUUGGCCCUUAGAAGCGCUGAGUAACUUUUAAGGCUUCUGGCAAUUCGAGGGCAAGGAAGCGAGCAGGGCAUCUCCGGACUCAGCUCCGUCUUAAUUUCAGAAAGGUUGCAUUUCUAGCCCCGGCUUUCAGCUCCUGGGACAGAGGCGAAAGCGGCGCGGUGAGACGCGGUUCUGGUGCAGCGGCGCUGAUGUGAUUCUGGACUCUGCAAACACACACGCAAACUCCCGGACACGCGCGCUUGCGCACUGCGCCCUACCGACCCUCAAACCAGGCGACUCCUCUUUAAAAAACCGCAAGGACCCUGUUCGGUGCAGUCCGCUGGACCAUGUGAUACCUCGGUCGGCAGCGGGCGGGAGAGCAGGCUUCGGGAUGAGAGCCGCCUGCCUGCACUGGGGUCCGGAUUCACCGCAGUGAACCGCCCCAACUCCAGACGUCCCGGCCGACAGCCGGGCGAGCUGCUUGCGCCCUCAAAUGCCAAGAGAUACAGGAGCCCAGGGACCGAGCCGCCCGCGAGUAGGAUGCUCCCACCCCGUCUCUCCCGCCGCCGCCGCCGCUGCCAGCCUGUCCUGAGUGGGAAGGCUUCGCUUGGAGGAAGAAAGUGCGCGGGGGGGGGGGCAGGUGAGCCUCGGAGCGCGGACGCAUUCGGGGCGCAGCGCUUUCUGGCACUUGGUGAUCUCGCUUCUUUCUUGGUUGCCUGAAGUCAGAGGAUUUAAACUCGUGGUCGGGACCGCGCUGCAGCGAGGAGAGGGCAAUUUAAAGGUCUGCAGCUAGUGAGCAUCACAACACCAUGCAGAACAACGCUGUUUAUAUCUUCAUAGAGGUGCUGAUUGCCCUUAUAUCCAUCCCCGGGAAUAUCCUAGUGAUCUGGGCUGUCAAAGUGAACAAGUCUCUCCGGGAUGCCACCUUCUACUUUAUUGUAUCUCUGGCAGUGGCAGAUGCAGCUGUGGGAACACUUGCAAUUCCUCUGGCCAUCGUCAUCUACAUAGGACCAAAAAUAUGUUUCUACAGCUGCCUGAUAUUGAUAUGUCCUCUCCUCAUCCUCACAGAAAGUUCCAUCUUGGCGUUAUUGGCGAUUGCUGUGGAUCGCUAUCUCCGAGUCAAGAUUCCUAUCCGUUAUAAGAAUGUGAUGACCCCCAAACGUGCAGGGGUUGCUAUUGGAUGCUGUUGGCUGAUCUCCUUCCUUGUGGGCAUGACUCCACUAUUUGGCUGGAACAGACUGAGAGAGAAAAACUACACCUUCAACAACUCUUGCCAAUUUGAGAGAGUCAUCACCAUGGAAUACAUGGUGUAUUUCAAUUUCUUCGGGUGGGUGUUGCCUCCACUGGUCCUUAUGCUCAUCAUCUACAUAGAGGUUUUCAAGAUAAUUCGCAAGCAACUCAACAAAAAGUUUGGCUCCAAUUCAGCAUACCCAGAAAAAUAUUAUGGGAAGGAACUGCAAAUUGCUAAAUCUCUUGCCUUGGUGCUAUUCCUUUUUGCUCUCUGCUGGCUUCCUCUGCACAUUUGCAACUGCGUCAACCUAUUCUCUGUUAAAUCGGAGGCUUUGGAAAAGUUCACCUCUAUUGCUAUAUGUAUGACUCAUUGGAACUCAGCCAUGAACCCCAUUGUUUAUGCAUUUAGGAUUAAAAAAUUCAGAACCACAUUCCUGCAAAUCUGGAACCAGUAUUUUUAUUGCAAAGUGGACAAGAAUGCAAAUAAUAUUGGUAAUACUGACAUUGCUAUUUAGGAGUUAUGGACUGCAGUGGUUGGGGCUGCAGCUUUCAAACUAUACAGGAUGAUCUAUAAAUAUUCCUUUCAUUAUUCAAUGUCUCUGAGUAGGCAAAGCGCACAGGCAACCAAGAGUUAUUAUUUAUUACUUCUACUAGCAAUAUUCAUUGUACCACUUGAUAUUCUGUUCUUAAAUUGACAUAUUUUACCUAUUUAAAGGGGAAAUAUACCAACAAAAAGCUGUGACAUAUCUUUCAUUCCAAUAAAGAAGAAAUUAAUCUCA